CCGGAAGUAGAACUCGGCGUUUCCGUCCAGCUCAUUGUUUUGUUGCUGUCUCUGCGUUCCGGUUCUCCAGCAGCAGAACCGUUCACCUACCGUGCACCACCAGAACCAGGUUCUGCUUGUCUUGCCGCUCAGAUGUAUCGAGGUCCGGCCAGACCUCAGCGGAGCCCCGCAGCUCCGCAGGCGGCUGGAAGGUAUCCCUCCCCGGCUCCCUGCUGGGGCUUCCCCGGGGCCCGCUCCCCGUACGGAGGCUCCCCCCGGGGCUGCCCCCCUUUCUCUCCCGGUUCUCCUGUUUACUCCCCAGACUCCAACCGAGGGUACCGGGGCGCUUCUCCGCGCGGGUUCGGCGGCGGGUCCCGGUGCUUCGACGGACAGCGGCGGCGCAGAGGAGACGGUUUCCGGCGGCCUCAGUCCUUCUCCCCCUCUGCGGCUCCGAACGUCCAGUCUUCAGAUGCUUCAGUGGAGAAAUACUUCAGUCCGUCGAUGCUGCAGGAUCCGUGGAAAAGUCUGCAGCCAGUCACAGCCGCCGGCACCAGGAAGCCGACGUGACGGCGAAGUGAGAGCCGGCACCAUCAGCAGGACCUGAUCUGAGGCCUGAGAGUCACCAGCAGCUUCAGGGACCAAUGGCUUUUACUUGACGUGUUUUUAAAGGACCAGCUGACGUGUGAACGCUGUGGAACGAAUCCUCUUUUAUUCAAUUAAAAGAACAAAAGCUUCUGCUUCAA